GCUCCUUUAGGCCUGAUGAGGCUUGCAAAUCGCCCAUCUGGCUUCGAGAAAGCAUGCUAGCCUGGCCCCUUCCCGUUUAAUGCCAACGCACCGUGCAGCGCCUGCCCCAGCUAUGCCUUCCUUCACCUUUACAAACGAAGUGGAAAGUGCCCAAAGGCACGCAGGGACCUGCAAACGCGUCGCUCUUGCUAUUAUAAGCAUUAGGUACCUCAUCCUUUCCCCAAACAUUCGCUGUCCCCAUUGUUCUCUCUACCACAAUUCCCAUUCACCUGCACCAACAUGUGGUCGUCGCUAGUGCUACCGCUGCUUGCGCUUUCCUCGCUCACAGUCUCAGCCCUCCCUCAAGGUCGUCGAUGCAAUUGCGAGCAACACCCGGUAUGCAUCAUUGGCGCAGGCCCUGCCGGCCUAGCUGCUGCCGGUCGGUUAGAAGAGAAGGGCAUCAAAGCAGUCAUGUUCGACCGUCAAGAGGAAGUUGGUGGUAAAUGCCAGGCUUGGUAUGAUGACCAAGGCAUCUUCCACCCACUCGGCGCCGCCUUUUUCUCCAAUGCGACGUACACGAACACUAUCGACAUCCUCAACCAGACCAAUGUCUCGAUCGAACCCUUUGCGCUUGCCGGUGCGCGCGAAAUGUACCGCUAUAAUUACACCGACGGCGACAUCAUGGUCAACCCCGCCCUGACCCCGCAAUUCACCGCGCAGGUAUCUGCAGAAAUUCCGAGGUACAUUCAGCUGUGGACGCAGCGCUUCCGACCGAUUAGUGUCGUGAACUACAAGAAUGGUGUACCAGACGAAUUUACCGUAUCGGGCGCAGAAUGGUUCCGCCAGAACAACUUCACUGCGCUGCCCAUCCUUCUCGUGAAUCCUGUCGCGCUCUACGGUUAUGGCGAUAUCAACAUUGUCCCAGCGCUGUACAUUCUGCAGUACUUCACCCCGGAUAUCCUCACGGCCUUUAUCGGCUUACAUAGCGUGUACUACAUGGACUUCCACAAGAUGUUCGUCGAGUACGCCAAGAACCAGUUGUGCAAGACUCCCAUACACACUUCUUCCGAAGUGCGUUGCGUCGACCGGUCCGGCGACCACCCUGUCGUGACUUACACUACACCCAUGAAGAAUGGCAGCUACGUCUCCUGGGAGAAGCAAGAAUGCUCUUCAGUCAUUUUUGCAUUCCCGCCAAGCAUCGAGAACCUCGAGCGCGUUGGUGUAGACAUGACAGAGCAGGAGCACGACACCUUCAACAACAUCACAACGCACCAAUACUACUCUUCCGCCGUAGAGCUCGAACUACCCUUCGGCGUCUCCUACAUCGCCAACAGCUCCGACGAGACAGUCCCGCCACCCAACGACGGCGAGCCCGUAGCCGUCCUGCACUUAAGCAAAGAAUCCAACGUCUCCGUAGCCUGGUCCUGGGGCCCCUACGACUUCCAGACUGAAGCCGCAGCCGAGAACCUCCUGAUCGACAGCUUGUCCAAAAUCAACAAGGACCCACGCAAUGCCACGGAGCCAUCGCAGCCCUUCUGUGACGACGACGUCAAGGCCUUCAAGAAGUGGGAUUACUUCCCGCAUUUUGAAGGUGACGCGCUUUCCAACGGCGCGUAUGCUAAGCUGAAUAAGCUGCAAGGCCAGAAGAAGACGUACUACGCUAGUGGACUCAGCGGCAUGGAAAUUGUCGAAUGGGCCAUUCGCGGUGGACGCGAUGUUGUCGACACGUACUUCUAAGCGCUUAUCACGAAUUUCCUUGAUCGCUCACUAUUCCGUUGCUAUGGUUUGAGUACCACAUUGCACUGCAUGACGGAUGAGCAUACCGUGCUGAACUGGACCUCGGUCUAUUUGCGACACCUGCGCGUGUAUACCUGGAGGACACCUGUUUAUCUCUGUUUCUGUUUCUGUUUUCUGUUUCCUAUUCGGACGAUGAUAUCACGGCUGGAUCUCUGUUUUCGAUUUUUCUGCGCGCUUUAGAUGAUGAUACCUACACGCCUUCGAUGAGCGUCAUGAUCAGUUGUUCCUGGAGGGUUCUGCCACUUGCAGAAAAG